AUGGAUAGUUCUGCAUGUUACGACAAGGCGGGUCUGAGGAAAGGGCCGUGGACAGCUGAAGAAGAUCAAAAACUCUUGGACUACAUUAAACAACAUGGCCAUGGAAUCUGGCCUUUGUUGCCUGCAAAAGCUGGACUCCAAAGAUGCGGGAAGAGCUGUAGAUUAAGGUGGAUUAAUUACCUAAGCCCCCAUAUGAAGAGAGGAAAGUUCAGCAUGCGGGAAGAACAGACCAUCAUUCAACUCCAUGCCCUUCUUGGAAACAAGUGGUCCGCCAUAGCAAGUCAGUUACCAAAACGAACUGACAAUCAAAUAAAAAACCACUGGAACACACAUCUUAAGAAGAGACUAACCAAGAUGGGAAUCGAUCCUGUGACCCAUAAGCCCAAAACCGACGCACUCGGUUCGGUCAUUGAUCAGUCCAAUAAGCACGCCUCGAACCUUGGCCACAUGGCUCAGUGGGAGAGUGCAAGGGUUGAAGCCGAAGCUCGAUUUGUCAGAGAGAUGAAAUCAGUGUCAAAGCCUCCAUUAGACUCUUCGCCAACUCAGCUAACGAACAAAAGCAGGGUUGGACAAGCUAGACAAGAGUGUCCUGAUGUCCUUAAAGCAUGGCAAGGAGUGGCUUCCGGCAUGUUUGGGAUAACUAAAGACAGCCUUGAGUCGCCAGCCUCAACAUUCACUAUCCAGGAAACAAGCCAAUAA